UGUAUCCGGGUCGGGUAUAACAUUGCGCGGUUUUGUUUUCCUCCCUACUGCGCCGUUCUCCCUCCUUUUUCUUUUCUUUUUUUUUUCAGAGGCGCCGGUUUUUCUGUCUCUCUCUCUCGGCACAGGCGGCGGCGGCGACCAGACGUUUAAUCAAAACUGGUUUGAUAAGUUGAUUACUCAAGAGUGAGAUGGAUAGACGGAUGAAGAGGCGCGACAAAAAGCUUCGCGAGAGUAACACUGAACCUGCGGUUGAAAAGGCUAGUAUAGCCAUUGAAGUUGACAAAGAAAAGAAGCGGAAAAAGUCAUCAAAGAGGAGGCUUCAACAAACGCCUUUCGACAAGACUGAUCAACUCAAUGGUUCAGUAGCACAGAACGGCUUAAGUGUAGUCCAGGCAGAUUCCAAUCAAUUUGAUGUGGAGGGAGAAGAUGCUAAAAAGCCCAGGAAAGCUGAUAAAUUAAAGAGAGACCGGAAAAAUAAAAAGAACCGCAAAUCCUCGAAAGAUUGUGAAGACUCGUUAGGAAAUGAAAGAGCUAUGCAGCUGGAAGCUUAUCAGCCCUCUGAAGACAAUGGUGCAUUUUUAGAUGUAAAAUGCAAAAAAUCUUUGAAAAAGAAAAGGAAGGAGUCUAUUUCUUUGGAUGCUAAAAGGUCGAUAGAAUCGAAUGACGAUGUUGAUCAAAAAGAUGUUUAUCAAAUCUCUUCCGGAGAUGAUGACACUUCAAAAGGAAUGAAAAAAUGGAUUACAAAAUAUCAUGAAAGUAGACCGGGCUUGAAGGUACUGCAACAACGUAUAGAUGAUUAUAUAACCGUGCAUGAGGCACAACUUGAACAGGAAAAGAAAGAAAGGGAAGCUCAAGCUGCUGAAGGGGGAUGGACAGUAGUUGUACAUCAGAGGGGGAGGAAAAAGACCACGGAUGCUGAAAGCGGGGUUACUGUUGGCUCGGUAGCGCUAAAUGCUGUAGAGGAUAAACUGUCCAAAAAGAAGCAAAAAGAAGUUGGGCUCGAUUUCUAUCGAUUCCAAAGAAGAGAAGCACAGAGGAAUGAGGUUCUGAUGCUGCAGAGUAAAUUUGAGGAAGACAAGAAACGGAUACAGCAAUUGAGAGCUGCUAGAAAGUUCCGUCCUUAUUGAAUUCCUUUUCUUCCUUUCUCUUCUUCCCUGCCUCUUACCUUAUAGUUAAAUGAGAGCCAGCAAAUUUCAGAUGGCUAUGACAUUGUUAAAAUAUACUUUUCAUUUUGAUUUGUAACAGAUUUUAUAUUUGUAUUUUCUUUUGAAAUGUAACAAUUAAUCGUCAGCCUUGGAAGUUCUCUGUUGGAUGGGGGUGGGUUUGGUAUAUCUUUUAAUUCAGGUUAAAUUAUA